AGUAACGUUAAUGAUUUCUGGAAGUUAAAACUUUGAAGAAAAGCGUAGCUAAAAUAUUAGGAAGAGUCGGAACGUUCGUUUGGAGAAAUUUACACAUUGUCUUUCUAUAUUUGCUAUGGCAUCUUGUCUUGUCCCAGACUUUCCCGCAGUCCAAAUUGCAUUGGAGCAUUUGGGAGAAUUGGAUAAGCUGUUGAACGACGAAGGUGUUCCGUUUAGUCCAGAAGCCAGUCAGCACCUGAAGGAGAUAGCUGCUGCCAUCACUGAACUUGAAGACUCCAGGCGAUCAGCGCAUGAGAGGCUGGAGGUGGAGACAAUUGAGACUAGUAAAAUACGACACCAGGUCCAAAACAUGCGUGUUAGCGUCAGUGAGGAGAUAGCAGCGGGUGUGGCGGCCGCCCGAGACAGCAACGCUGCCCAGAUCCUCCAGCUACAGGAAGAACUUAACGGCAUACUUCAAGAAACAGAAUCUAACGAGAAAAAACACGAAUUACUGGGAAACCAGAACGCAAUUCUGUUUCCUGAGCGUGAACUGGUGAAGGGCCUUCACGAGGAGGUGAUCGACCAGCUGAACUUCCAGCUGUCUGAGAAGGCCAACAAACACAUCGUCCUCAACGAGACCCUGAACAAAGCCCAAGAUGUGAGGGACAAGAUCUCUACUGUGGAGGAGACCAGGCUGGAGCUGGAGCAGGACAUGGUUCAAGAGAGGCUCAUCUUCAACGAGACCAAGGAGAACCUCCAGAAAGAGGUGGAGGAAAGCAUCACCGUAAUCAGCGAGCAGAAGAAAAACAAUGCAAAGAUCCGCAAAGUGCUGGACGUCGUCAACUCUGAGGUGCUGGAUAACGAGGACAGGGUUACUGAGCUCCAAAACAACAUCACCCAAUUAGAGCAUAAUAUUGGAAGACUGACUGCUGCUGAAACUCAAUGUAAGGAGCAGUUGAAGGAAGAGAUCAACAAAUGCCAGGAACUGGUUGAACAAAAGACUUUCCACGACAGGGACCUGGUGGAGGUGAGGGAAGCGUUUGAGCUGAAGGUUCAGUCACUGCAUGAGGAGAUCUUAGUGGUGGACAGUGAUAUGGAGAAGGCUCAGACCGUCAAUGGGAUUUUCCUGGCCUCCAUCACUAAGUUGUCAGACAGCUUCAAGGCUCACAGGAAGGAGGAGGACGAGGUCAUGGCGGAACACCUUAUAGUCUCACGCAGGUUAGAGAAGUCCAGGCAGAGACUGGAGGAACGCAUUGCCUCCAUCGCCAAAUACAAGAUAGAGAUGAGAGAGAUGGAAGACGAGAUCAAACAGCUACUUGAGGCCAACAUAGUCAACGAGGACCUGUUCCAGAGGAACCAGGAGGAACUCCAUGGUCAGCUCAGCAAGGAGAAGAAGAGCAUAGCCAUGUAUGAGGUUGAGAAGGAGGGUCUGUGUCAGUCUCUGGACAAGCUGAAGAGAGACCACGAGCAUUAUGUCAAAGAGAUCAACGCUGAUAUCACCACCACCAGGGAGAGAUAUACCCAGCUAAGACAGGAGGAGGAGAAGCUGCAGGAGCAUCUGCACAUGAGCUCUGUGAUCGAGAAGCUCAAGAACGAAGUGGUGGAGGCCGAGGAGAACUACGAGCACGUGAAGAUCUCCCUGAAAGACCAGACCCUACAGUUAAUUGUAGAAGCAGAAGAAGUGACUCUGAGUAGCCAGACGACAGCGAUGGAACUGGAGGACAAGACUAAGAUCCUGGAAGAGGUGGAGGCCCAGUUCGAUGUGGACCAGUCCAGACACCAGAACCUGAUGACACAGACAUCUGACAUGAAGACCACCCAUAACAAUCUGGAGCUGUCUAUCCAGGAGAUAAAAGAACAGACCAGUAUCCUCGUUCAGCCCAAGGAGAUUGUGCGUAAACAGUUGGCGUUUCUGCGUGAAAAGCACAUGGGUACACUGAAAACCCACGCCGCAGAGAUCAGCACCACUGAAAACAGCAUCUAUGAGAAUGGAGUCAAGCUGGAGCAGGUCAACAUGGAGAACAGCAGACUGCACCUGUGCAUCGAACAGAUGAAGGAAGACUUAGCUGAUGCCAGAAGUGAGAAGGAGAGACACAUCCAGGACAUAGGCAGGCUCAACAGAGAGGAGCUUUCAUUAUUUGGGAGACUACUGGAAGCUUGGCAGGAAGAUACAGUGGUGACUGAGGAGUCUGCAGAGAGGGACCAGAAGCUGCUGGAGGCCAUCCACUCCCUCAUGUUGAAGAUCCAGGACAGGAAGGGUCAGCUGGGGAAAAUCAGUAGCCAACUGGAACAGCAGCUGCAUGAUAUGAACUCACUGCUAGUUAGUGCUAGCUAUACUAAGCUAAAGCUCUCCAAGUCAUAA